AGAUUACUACCACUACCAGAAUAUAGAAACCAGUCUGAGGGCGACCGGUGAACCGCCGCAGCUUGGUCCUACCUGUAGCGGCUAAAAUAGCAUUAAUUACUGUGUUCUGGUCAAAUGGAGGCAGCGGUACUGAACCUCGCGAUGAUGACGGAGGUGGACUGCAACAGCAACACCCUGAACGCCGAGCUGGAGGUGAAGAAGCUGCAGGAGCUUGUCCGGAAACUGGAGCGGCAGAACGAGCAGCUGCGGACCCGGGCGAGCGGCUGCAACGGCGGCCCGCAUGUGCUGCCCGCGUCCCCGGCGUACGUGCUCGGCAGCGUCGGGGGAUACUGCCUGCCCAGCCCGCUGCCCACCCUGCUGUGCCAGUCGUCCUUGGGGUCAUUCACGCCCCCGGAGGAGCCUUUCGACUAUUUCCUCCCGCACAUAGACGGGGAUGGAGCAGCUUCUGCGGGGGAGGCUGAGGACGGAUCCGAGCCGUCGGUCCUCGAUGAGCUGGAACUUUUGGACUUGAAUUCUCUGUCCUGCUCAGAUGAACCCGAUGACACAUGGUUGUAUUCGUCAUCAAAAGCCAGUGACUCCACAGAUAACUCCCUCACACCUCUGCAGUGGUGCCGGCAGGCUCUGGAUACUCCCAAAUCAGAGGUGGAGGCCGCCAGGCGAUCGCUGUCCCUUCGACUGGAACAAGUUUCCAGGUGGCGUAGUUCCCUGUCCAGCCCCUCCCCCUCCUCAUCCCCCGGCCCUCCUCUGAGUCGAGUGGCCGGAGUGUCGCCUAUCAGUCCUUCCCCUUCAGCCAAACCCUGCGCCACAACCCAGUCGUCUGAAAGACAUGCCCCAUCCCUAUCCUCCCCGCUCCACCCGGUCCUCCAUCGGACGCUGAGUCCAGUAGGGAAGGAGCUCUCCCCUGUAGCUGAGAGGACUCCCACGUUCUUCCCUCACAGCCGCAGCCGCAGCCUCCAGUGCUCCGCCCUCAGUCCCCAGUCAUCCAUGGAUAGCGACCUCGGUGCUUCAGAGGUGGAGGACGACUCCAUCACUCUGGGAUACAAACUGCAAGACCUCACGGAUGUCCAGGUCAUGGCCCGACUGCAGGAGGAGAGUCUAAGGCAGGACUACGCCAGCACGUCAUCCAUCCUGGCCAGCCGCCGCAGCCAGAGCUUCACCUUCCAGCUCAGCCAGCUCAGCGCCGGCCCCGACCUGGAGGAGGAAGACGAGGAGGACGACGAAGACUACGGCCUCCUGCCCCCCCCGCAGCCACGCCUCACCCGCCUGCCACACUCCCACACUUUCUCCAGCAUCCGAGACUGGCGAAGAAGCACAAGUUCCCUCUCCACCUCCUUCCACCCCUCAACUCCUCCGUACCUUUCCGCUGGGUUCGCCUUUCAACAUCAGCCCCAGGGACUGGGACUGGGUGUGGGCAGCCCCUGCGCAGCCGAGCAGCAGGGCUUCAGACCAGGAUCAGCCGAAUAUGAGAAUAAGCUGCGGAGGAGCAUGCCUAACCUUGUCAGAGCUCCCAGCAUGCCUAGUGUGCCCAUUCCAACCAAUCCUAGUGCUUCCCAUUCUUUGCUUCGUAACAGCCAGAGUUUUGAUUCGUCCAGUGGGCUGGCUCGACUGCACUCCUCCAUCCCCUCCCCAGGUCAGCUGCAGAACAGGGUCCACAGCGUCGGGAAUUUCGCCUCGUUGUCGCGGCAACCAUUGAAGGCCACCGCCUACGUCAGUCCCACCAUCAAGGGCUCGCCCUCAAUGCAGACCUCCAACAGCCUCCAGUCUCUGAACAGCGGCAACAGCGGGGAUAACAACGGGGUCGGCAGUGGCAUCCCACUGCCCAGUAAACCGGCUGGCGGGGGGGGGAUGCCCACUUCCACCCCAAACACUCCCCGCAGCAGCCUGCCUCGCCCCGCCUCCUUUGUUGGCACCACAAGCUCCACCCCCCGCAGCAAGGUGGCCCAACCAGCACGAAGUUUACUGACGCCUCCAAAGAGCUUGUCCACCCUCAGUGCCCUUCGUGACAGCAACUGGAGAGACGGCUGCUACUGAUGAAUGGAUGAGCUGGCGCAGUAGCGCAGUGGCACCCCGCUGGCUGGGGUAACUCGCUACACCUCAACAUAAAAGGUUUUCCAAGGGGACAUUUGAAUGGGUUUGACCAAAAAUGAACUGUUAAGUUGACCUUAAAUCUGAGAUCCUGCAUUGAAUAGUUCACUGUCAUCCCAAAGGGACUACAGCUGAACUGAUCUCUCCUGUCAUCCAUUCAGUUCUAUGCAGAAUUUCUUCGGGGAAGGUGGGUUGUUGGUCCGUGCCAAGGGGGAGUCAUUCCCUGUUGCUCUUGUGCAAUAAACCAUUGUGACUGUAGGGUACCAUUAAUACUAACCUGCUAAAGAGGGCUGCCAGUUUUUAUGAAAAGAGCAUCACAAUACUGUAUGUAUUUAUUUAUUUAUAUAUUUAUUUUGAAUAAAAGUUUUUUUGACUAAUCAGGUGUUUUCUCUCUGGCAACAAGCGCCAAUGAUGCUGCUAAAAUUGAGUGAGUCCCUGUUAGUUUGGGCACAUUUGGUAAGAUUUUUUACAGGCAAGAUAUUUAAGUAUCUGUGUACAAAGCUAACUACUAAGUGUGCAUACAUAUAUAUUGAUGCAAUAUUGUUGAAUUUUAAAUGGGAAUCUUGACCAAAAUGAAAAUGUCUGAAUGUGUUUACAAAAUUGUCUCACUAUGGCGUCACAAAACUUUGUGAAUAUUAACACUUCAAAAUUGUUUAAUGACCUGUAAGAGAUCUGUUCUUGUUGCACUUUGUAUAAAUCUCUGAACUUACUGAUAUUUUUAUGUUCUGUUUACUAAUGUUUGCACUUCUUUUACAUUUGAUCUUCUGGAUUUCGGGGAAACAAUGUUAAUUCAAUGUUUUGGGGAGAUUUCACAGUUCCACACGGCAUAAUGUAGCACCCUUUGUUUGUAAUAUUGGACUUGUGUUUUUAAUUAACAGUGACCAUGGCACAUUUCACACAAACCCAACACUUUUGUUACUGUGAUUGACUGAAUGAGUGAAGCAUUUUAAUAAAACACACCAAACUAAA